AAAAUGGGUUUCUGGACUUUUUUAGAAGGCUUUUUGCUGUUUGCAAAUGCAUUGGCAAUUUUGAAUGAGGAGCGGUUCCUUGCUCCAAGAGGAUGGACUUUGGCAGAAAUGACAGGGCCUAGGAGGAAUUCUCUUAAAGGGCAAAUAGUAGGGCUCAUAUAUGCCUGUCAAUUCUUGAGACUUCCUCUAAUUCUCUUCAACGCCAUCUUUAUAAUUGUGAAGCUGGUCUCUGGAUAACUUGAUAGAGUGGCAUUGAAGCUCUGUGCAUGAUAUGUACAUUUUGUGUUCUGUGAACAGUUGCAAUCGUGUAAGUUCAAUUCUAGUGUAUAAUGAACAGAGUAAAUCAGUUGUAUCAGAAGUAUUGAAUCUGUCUUGAUUAUCAAUCUCAAUUCCCUUUGAAACUCUGAUUUCUUUUGUCCUAUUAAA